GUUUCAGCAUUUUGAAGGAUUGUUUCCGUUGCGGUUGUUGCGACAAUAAAUAUGCAGAUUUUUGGAAGUCAAUUUCGGCGCACAGGAAUUUAAAUCAAGAUCCCCCCAGUUGUUUUUCUUCAAUUUAGUCGAAGCGCCAACAUCUGAAAUGUUGUCCGUAUACAAACUGAUAAUGAUAUUCUUCACUGCGAUUCAGUGCCAGAGAAUAUCAAAUCGUGAACUCGACCUAUUCCAUCCCGGUCAUAAAUUACUGAAAGACAAUUGGAUGGUGGAAGAUGAGGAUGGAAAUUGUGAUGUCGUGGAAGAAGCUCUAUGGAGUCGAUACUUUUUUCGUGGCAUGAUAGUUGGCUUUUUAAUUGGUUUAUGUGGUGGUGUUUUGCUUGGCUUCCUUUGUUGGCAAGUUCAGGUACAUAAAGAAAGCUAUAACUUAUAAAAUGGACUAACAAAUUGGCUUUUAGAGAAAGUAAC